GGUGAAGCCGUUCACUUGUAGCCAGGAUGUGGGGAGAAAUGAAGAUUGUUAAACUAUGAUUCUUUCCAAAUAUAGAUUAUUAAUCUUCAAGUAGCUUCAGGCUGAAAAUUGAUGUGGUUGUUCAGGUUUUGCUCUGGAACAUUCCGCCGCCUCCCCCUUUGGGUGAAUUUUAGUCUAGUCGGAGGGGGUGCUCUGGUUGUCGGGCGUGGGAGAUGGCGAUGAACCUGCUCUGUUACUGAGCCCGUUGACACGCUCUCCGCUUCAGACAGAUUAUUACCUAAAGAGAAUUUAUUAUAUAGUUGGAGAAUGGAAAGCGAGUACGUGGAGCUCUUGCCCCGUGUUUGUGCAGUAUUAGGAGACACCAGGCAGGCAGUUGUUGAUGAUACCUGUUUGGAGAAGCUGCUUGAUUGCUUCCAGGCAAGAACAAAAAACGAAACAGAGUUGUAUAUUCUGCAGAGGAUUCCAUGCCUGACAAAUAUAAUUGUAAAUGUAUCCAAGCAGAGGGACCUUAACCCUAGCACCCUUUCCUUCAUUAUGAAGCUGACUGGACUAUUUGCAGCCUCAGAGGACUAUUUCCAUAAGUUGGAGGAUGAUGGGAUUAUGAGCAGUCUGUUUGGAAAUCCAGCAAGCCUUGAGACAGAAACAUGGGAGGAAGCAACUGUACGGUGUGGAUGGCUCUUAGGGAUUCAAAAUAUGCUGCAGCAUGAAGCUGUGAUUCAAUUUCUCUGUAAAUAUGACUGCAUUGAUGAGAUUAUUCGGCUUCAGAAGGACCCGAGUAUAUUUGUGGCCUCAACAGCUAGUCAACUUUUAGCAAACAUUUUGUCUUUCUCUUUACAAUGCUCUGAACUUGCUACUUUGGGAAAUGGCAGCAAAAUCCAGUUAACUGAUACAGUUACUGCUUUGCAUUCUACGGAUUGGUCAGAUUGUGCCUGUGCAAUUACUGGGCACAUUGAAGAUUUCCUGAGGUCUGAUAUCACUUCCAAUGUCCAACAGGCUCUGAAACUACUGUCCAAGGUUUCUGGAACCAGCCAUCCAGCUGCCAUAGUAUCAUUGUGGCCUAAGAUAGAAGGAAGUAUAAAGUUACUUUUAAAGGGUGACUUGACUGGAAUUGGUCCAUCCUUAGCAGAACUUUUCUUGAAUGUAUCCAGAACAGUUCCCUGUGACAUACUGGAGCCUAAAAUCUGGGAUUUACUAGGUCUCUUAUUGAAAUCACUGAAUCAGGCCGAAGCAUUGACAUUAGCUUCAGGGAUCCUAAAGCUCAAGAACUGUCCGCAGUCACUGGAGAUGCAGGCUGUAACAGCAUUGUUCCAACCACUGAAUUACAUCAUUACUGUGACUUCUGUUCAACCCCAGGAGGAUACAGCCUUACUGGAUGCACCUUCAAACUAUAGAGUCGAUAUUGAACGCCAACUAUCCAAGAAAUCAGCAUGUAUCAGCUUGCUCUGUCAAACAUUUUCACAUCUCUUGGAAUUCUUACGAAUGCCCUCUCAGAAAACAGAGUUGCCGUACCAAGCUUUGACUCACUCGGUGCUUACAGUCCUAAAGCUGUGCAAUGGCACUGCUAUUCCCACCACUUCAGCUGGCAUCAAUGCUAGCAGACACCUGAUUGGAUGCAUCAAAGUUCAGAAAGCAGGAAUAGAUGCUCUUGGUGCAAUCCCACAGUGGGCAGGGGGGAUCGAGGAAGUAAACAGUGCAUUGAACCUUCUGCUUGAUUAUGCCAGAAACCCAGAUACAGACAGUACUGUUUUAAAGAAAACCCUCCAGGCUUUAUUUUACUGGAUGCUACAUUGUACUGAAGCUGUAGACUCUCGUGCACUUGAACCCAAGUUGAAAGAGUUUUUACAUGGAGACUUCAUAUCAGUAAUGAAAAAGCGACUAUUUGAUGUUCAUUGGGAGAUUCGAGACUCCACGCUUGAGUUCCUUGGUCAACUGUGCUUCCAGUUUAAAGAAGUUGAGAGUUUCUGUCAGCUAAUUGGUUCCUGUGGAAUUCCUCAUCUUGUUUUGGAGCUGCUUUCAGAUCCCGAAAGUUACGUUCGAGCAAGUGCCAUUUCUGCCUUGGGAAAGAUGAGCUAUCUCUCUCCUAACUGGCAAAUGUUACCAAAUGAUAACAGUGUCACAGCAGUGAAGGGCAAUAUUCUGUCCUAUUUAUUGGACGUUUUGAACCAGGAUACAGAGGGUUUUCCCAGGAGAGCUGCAGUUAAAGUGCUUGCUGAUUGGCUGAAAAAUAGCCACAUGCUUGGUUCAUGUGAAUUGGAAAAUUUUGUUCCUGUUAUUUUAAAAAUAGGAAGCAAUGAUUUAGAUUGGGAGGUCAAAGUUCAUAGCCUGGAACUGGCAGAAGCUUUCAUGGAUCAGUCAGCUUCCAACUUAUCCAUAAGUCCAUAUGCAGCUGUGUUGUCAAAUAACACUCAUUCUACACAAGUGAAGACCUUUCUGCAGACUCUCUGCGAUGUAGGAAUUUUUACUAUCUUAUUUCAUGCUUUGUGGGACUGUGAUAGACCAGUGGCUCAGAAAGCAUGUGAGAUCCUAAUGAAGCUAAAAACGAUUGCUUCAGGUGCUGACAACGCAGAAGUUCACAACAAACCAAAUGGACACAAACCAAAUCGAGAAAGUUUUGGCGAUUGGCUUUACUACAGUAGCUUAAAUUUGCAAAAUGUCAAUGACGUCAUUGAGGUUAUGAUAGCACUAGACUUGGAAUUCCAACACCAACAGCUCAUUCGCAGCAGUGAUCACAUUGAGAGCAGUCUCCGAUCUCUACUACAAGACAUACUGGCAGCCGCUGAAAAUUCUGAAGAUGAUGGUGCAGACUGUUAUUAAUAUGGUGGUUGUUGGCAUGGGUUACAGUUCAUUAAUUUCAAAUCAAAUGAAUGAGUCCGACAAAACCCUGGUACAAACUAAACUGUAUUAUAAUGAAAGUGAAAUCCAGGAGGUGAAUAUUCUAGCUUUGAGAACAAAUGUAUUUUAUUAUAUUUGCAUUAAAAAUUAAUUGGACAGCU